AUGCAAUCGAUGGCUGGAGCCGAGGCUGAUUUGAUUACUAAUAAAAUGCCUAAGGCAUGGAUGUGGGUGGUGGGUCAGAGGUUCUCCAGUUUGAUCUGCCCGAAGCCAGUGCUUGCGGCUUCCGUCAUUCCAUCAUCGAUCUCAACGCCCGUCAAUUAUCAGAGCUCUCAACAACAUAUCAACCGCAUCCUAAAGGCAGAGUCCGAAAAAAUAGGAAUGGCUUCCUCAUCAAAGCCCCCGAGCUCCCUUCUUUAUUCCUGCAUCGCGCACCGAACAACGAUCCUGGCAGAGCAUUCCUCACCUGGAAGCUCGUCCACUGCUGCCUCCUCUCUCGCGUCUAUCAUUCUCCCAAAAAUAUCGCACGACAAGCCCCAAAAAUUGACUUACACUCAUGAGAGGCUUUUUGUUCAUUACAUUGCCGAUUCGCCUUCCAGUCGCGCGGCCGAUGAUCAAAAUGGCCAAACCGAGCCGAGCUCAUCUGCUCCACUGAGUUUCUUGGUCGUGGCAUCUACCGAGCAAGGCCGACGGGUUCCCUUUGCGUACUUGCUGGAGAUGAAGCGGAAGUUCUUGAGUUCCUACCCUCCUUCAAGUACCGAUUUCUCCGCCCUUCCAGCCUAUGGCUGCGCUGCCUUCAACUCUGAGCUUCGCUCCCUCCUGAACACCUAUAAUACUUCACCGCCUGCGGACUCGCUUGCCUCCGCUCGUCGAGAAAUUGACAGCGUUCGUGAUAUCAUGACGGAAAAUAUUGAGCGUGUCCUGGAACGAGGGGAGCGAAUCGACCUGUUAGUUGAUAAGACUGAUCGUCUCGGAGGCAGUGCGCAUGAUUUCCGCAUUCGUAGCCGUGGCUUACGGCGGCGCAUGUGGUGGAAAAAUGUCAAGUUGAUGAUCUUGCUGGGUUUUGUUGUGGUGUUCCUGCUCUACCUCUUCGUUGGUAUUGGUUGCGGACUGCCCGGCUGGUCGAAGUGUGUGAACCAUAAGAGCUCUUAG